AACUCUCGAAAUCAACUGCGAUUCACAAGUGUUGAUGAUCUCCUGGGUUUUGUAAAAUGGUUCCAAUACUCAAGUCCACUAAAGAGACGUUAUAAGGAAUUGGAGCUUUUGCUCAAGCUUCAGAACCAUCCUAAUGUUGUUAAGUUGUUGGCGGCUGGUCCUGAUUACCAAAAUGUAAUCCACAGGAGAAGAUCAAUUGAGUAUAAUCUAGCUAAUGCCCUUUCGUGGAUGUCUCAGUUGUCAGAGGCACUGGCUUUUCUCCACGAGCGAUCUUCCAUACCGAUAAUUCAUCGCGAUGUCAAACCUGCUAACUGCCUUAUCUUCAACGAGGGCGCUCGCCUCAAGCUCUGUGACUUUGGAUCGGCCGAAUCCUCCCAGCUUCCUGAGCCUAUGAGCCCAACCCGACGAGGCACUGCUGGUUUCAUGGCGCCAGAACUUUUUGCUGUCGACUCGACUACUCAAAUUAACUACUCCGUGAAAAGUGACGUUUUUUCGGUUGCGAUGACCUUCUGGGAGAUUCUCUCUCGCCAGCACGUCUGCCCUCCUGAUGAGCCCUUUUUUGUAACACUGGCUCAGCUUGUUCACAAGCAUCGACGCCCUCAUCCACUGCGAGGCUGCCCUUUCUUUGUCGUGCGUCUUCUUGAAAGGUUGUACAUUUCUCUCCCAGUCUUCCUUUUUUCAUUGAUCAACGCUCACACUUCCCUAACCGUACUCCAGGUCUUGGUCCGAAGAUCCGGAAAAGCGUCCAAGAAUGAGCGAGAUUACAUUAGGACUCAAAUUGUUGAUCCGGGUAUGAUAUCCAAACCCUUGGUUAUUCCGCCUCUGCCUCCCGAUUUCAGUCUGAGUCCAACAGCUGGGCAUACCUCUGAUGAGCAGUGGGAGGAGGAAGAAGAUAUCACUGAUUCUGCUCCCCAGUCUACUUGGAUGGAAGAUUGUCCGGCACAAGAAUUGGAGCUCCUGUCCCCUUCACCGGUUCUGUUGAAACCCCUCGAGCUCUCCAUAGUUUGCGAUGACUCGGAUAUUGAAAAGAGCGUCUACUCUCCGCUCAGAUCGUAUGAUAGAUUGCGACGGGAUUAUGUUAAGCGUUUCCGGUUUGAACGAAUCGAGCCAGAAAAGUUCCUCUCCCACGGUUCUUCCGGAGCCGUGUGGGCGGCAAAGUAUCCGGCUCAUGAAAAGGAUGGAAAAAAAGAGGUGGCUGCGAAGGUUUUCUACAACUACUACGAAGAUGACUCAGACGAUUUGUACCUCCUCCACAAGCAGAGAGAUCGUGAAGUUAAUUUGCGACCUCCAGGACUGCAUCCCAACAUAGUUCCCAUUCUCGCUGAUUUUUUUGAUCGCACACCUCCCGUCCGAACGGUGGGAGAAGGUGGAAGUGAGGCGAGAUUUGAAGCAUCUCUCGAGGAUUUUUUGGAAGCAAAAUGGGAACCGACUACUGAUUUUUCAUCUACAGUUUCUAGUCCAUACGAAACUCCAACUGGAAGUCCUUCUGAUAAUCCCACGACUUCUCAACGCUCUAACGUGGAGCUUUCUCCCUUUCUUAUACCUAUUGAAGAGGCCGUUGGUAUGACUGUUCAGAUGGUUGAAGCAGUGGUUCGACUUCAGCGCUAUCGUAUCGCUCAUCGAGACAUCAGACCAUCAAAUUUUCUUGUUAAAAGCAGGCGUCUUCCGAAGGGAGUAUGCUUUUUGAACAGGCAAAUGGUGGAAGCAAUUAACACACGUGUGCAAGUCGCACUGACCGACUUCGGUUGCGCUAUUCGAACGGUUGACCACGCCGCCGGUCGUGAUUGUGCUAACAUCUCACACAGCGGAAACACCGCCCUCUGGGCGCCCGAGGUGGCUGUGCACUUCUCCAGGUCCCAAAACUCCGAUCUACAAUGCACCCAUCCAUCUCUCUAUUAUUGCGCAGACCUCUGGGCUAUCGCCACCAUAGUCUAUCAACUCUUUAAUCUCCCCAAUCCCUUCUUAUCGGGUGAGCUACUCUCUGAGAAUUACGUAGAAUCAGCAUUACCCGAGUUGCCCAGUGCUGCGCCCGGCGUGCUGACCUGGAUGCUGCGCUCUUGUUUGCGGCGUAGCCCCUCUGCUCGUCCUCCAGCCUGCCUUGUCGCAGACGUCCUACACACCUGGUGCAUUCUAUCUAACCUCAAACGACUCCUUUGUCCGUCUCAAUUUGAAAGGGUUGUUCCGAAAAUACCGAUACCAGUGGAAGUCCCGGAAAAUUCGAACAGUGAGGAGAUUUGGCUCAUUGUGGAGUCGGCGGAAGUGUGGUUUUCGCACCUCUUAAAGGAGCUAAGCGAAACGUUGCGGCAGAAGCUGCGCCAACUGAUUCAACUCGCUUGGGCAGUGGAUUGGCUCCUCGGAGCGGCCAAAUUCAUGGGACUGCGCCAGCUCUUUUACGAGCGUUUUAAAAUAGAACAGUUUGCUUUCUGUGUGGCCUUUGUUCAGUUUGUUGAUAAGAUAUAA